AUGAACUCUCGCCCUCUGCUACCCAUGUCCGACGACCCAAACGACCUGGCAGCGCUGACGCCGGCACAUUUCCUCAUCGGAACAUCACUGACCGCCUUGCCCGACCCAGACUACCAGAAUCAACCGAUUGGUGCUCUCGGAAUGUACCAAAACUGGCAGCUGCUCGUCCAAAAAUUCUGGAGCCACUGGAGGAAGGAACACUUGCAGGAGAUGCUGCGGGAUACGAAGUUUGCAGCACGCAACAACGAAAUCCAGCCCGGUCGCAUGGUCAUCGUCGCAGAUGAGUCACUGCCAGCAAUCCGUUGGCCACUUGCCCGUAUCGUGACUGUGCAUCCUGGAAAAGACGAUUUAGUGCGUGUUGUCAGCCUACGAACAGCAAAGGGGAUCAUCAAACGGGCAAUCCACAAAAUUUGCCUCUUGCCGCAGCCAGCGUGUCCUGAGGAAGAACAUCGAAUCGAGCCAGUACCCUGCCAGCUGCCGCAGACCGCUGUGGUUCCUGAAGAAGACUUACGAGAUGAACAAACAACCGCUACGCUUCCCGAGUCCUGA